GUUAAUGCCUUUAAGGGCAUUUUACAUCUAUCAAAAGUUAUUGGUACAUAAAGAGUUGCUCAUCACUAAAUACAAAGAAAGAAACCAAAACAAAGCUUCGAAAAUGCGUCGCCGGGAACUACAAACUAUACAGCUGAAGCUCUCAGAGCUAAAGGAGUAUGAACAGGCCAAACUAGAGCGUGCCAAGGCUCGACAGCAGGUGCCAUCGCCACGCACUCCCACACCCACCUCGGACAGCGACAUCAUGUUGCUGCCGUCAAGCAGCGUGCCGACCAUUUUGCUGGCCAACAACAGCACCAACGCGGAUGAUGAGGCUCAGCCAGGUGCCAAGGACAACGCCACAUAAAGCAACAUACUCAACAGUUUCGCUUAAACUAUAUGAUUGCCAUCAUCACAGGAGGCAGACGAUUUUUUGGACACUUUAAUAUUUAUACCAAAACUCGAAGGUUUUGACAAAACCUUGAAAUAGCAUUUAAAACUUUAGUUGUAUUUAAUUUGGUACGCACUGUAUGCUUAAGUUGAAAGAAUUCAUUUAAUUUUAUUUAAGAUUCAGCUCGAUCAUGAUGUUUUAUAUUAUAUUUAUAAUAAAAGAAACUGUGACUUUCGAUUUCCCGUGGAACGUUCAACAAGCUUCAGAGAGAUAUUCGCGUCGAUCUCGAUGGCACGACGUUCAAUUGCCGACUGUUGUCGGCCAGUGGAAGGAAGCCAAAGAGUCUGGGGCUGUCGUGGAGCCCGUGGAACGUAACGAUCUGUGCGAGCCAUCAAAUUGAUUUUUUAUUUAGUGCCUACCCGCCGCAACCCGGGCUACACUGCGCGCCGUGGCUGCGGAAUGUGCGCGGCGUGCACUCUUACGGCAUUCGAAGGCAGGCCGUAAAUUAAUUAAAAGCGUUUGAUUUGUCGUCGAUGUCGAUUGAACAAUGUUAAUUUGUCAGCUCGGCAGCUGGGCCGACGACACUUACAUAAUGGCGCACAAAUCGAAUGUAAUUACAACGAACUAAAUAAAAAAA